GAAAGAGAAAGCCCUCUCUGUAGGAAGGGCAGACCUUCACUCUUUGAUGCUGGGCCACUGCCAUCAUCUCCAGGACAAACAGGCCGUCCUCGAGGCUGUGACUGCCAUGAUGGCUGUCCUCCUGCAAGAGCUGCACCGAGAGCACGUCUGGGAGCAGCUCCUCUGGCUCGUGCACCCAUGUCAGGAGGUCCAAGACACCAUAAUGGCCAAGAGCCUCACUAUCUUCCUGGAGGCCUUAGAGGGAGUUGAGUCUGUCAUCCCAAAGGACAAGUUUCUGGACAUCACCACUGCCGUGUUCUACCAGCUCUCUGAUGACAUCAAGCAGCACAGCGAGGCUGAUAGCAGAGAGCUGACCCACUGCAUGCUGCUGCAGGCCCGAAUCUGCCCAGAGGAAACGCUCCUGUUUCUGCAGUCACAGCUGGGCGAUGAGUGGGAGGCUGGACGUGUGGCAGCCCUGGGUCUGCUCAGUGCUCUGGUUUGCUCUGAUGAGCCUGUGAUAACGGAGAUGCUGCCCCAGGUUGCAGAGGCUGUGCAGCGUGUGUGCAAUGACUCCAGGACCCGGGUGAGCUCUUUUGGGAAAGGAAAGUGUUUUUGGGGUGGUGAUGCUCCUACUGACACGGGCAAGGCAGGGGUGACCAGGGAGGUUGCUGGGGCAUUGACCACAUGGUCACUAUGGCUCCUGUGGGAAGAGCAGGCAGAGAGGAGAGGACGGGUCCCUGUGCUGUGCAUGGACCUCUGCUCUUGCUGUCUCUGCUCAUGCCCAAAGGGCUGCCCUGAUGAGCAGGUGGCUUCCCUUUGCCUUCUGACCAGAAAAAUCACACCCACAAUUGACCCCUGCAGGUGAGGAGGGCUGUUCUGUAUUUCAUCAAGGAUCUGCUCAGCUUGGGAUGUGGUGGGGCACAUCUUCAAUGAGUACAGCCACGCCACGGGAAGAAGGGCAGCCAGAGACCUUUCUGCCCAGGAAGCCAAGGAAGAAGGAGCUCUCCAGGAGCUGUGCAUGGGCAUCCUGGAGUCACUGGAUGUCUCUGU